AUGAUAUCAGAUCAUAAACUUGAACAGAUCAUUAUCCCUAAGCAUCCCAUCAAUGCAGUAAAAGUGCCAUUGAAGAAAAUGGAUUACCCUCACUACUGUCGUCUCCUAAAAAGAAUGAACAUGCCCUUUGUGAGAGGAAAUGAGGACAGACAUUUCUAUGGCAGUUUUGAAGAGAAAGGCAGUAAUGCUUUCCUGAAAUUUCACCCUUAUCCUUCUCCUGUCCAGCCAGACUAUCAUUUAUACCGUCCUUAUCCCCCGCCACCUGGGAAAGAUUAUGCUUUAUUUCCACAUCGAGAUGAUGUGCAAUUGGGUGAUCCUUGUUCAGGAUUUAUGAGUGCUGGAGGUGAUGCUGAUUUGCUGCCUGGAAUUGGCAAAACCAUCCCAAACCUAGCAAGUUACUGUGAUAUGAAGCCUCAACAACGAAUCCCUUUAACAGACCAUGGAUUGCAGACAGAAAUUAAGAAGCGAACAAUACUAUUAGAAGAAAUAAAUGAGAACCCAAGGUGGAAUUCCAGGAAAGUAUCUGAUGCUUCCAUCAGAGCGAGACUUGGAGGUUGGACAAGCCCAGUGAAAGUUAUUCCUGAUAUACCUAAAGUGCGAGGCAAUUUAUCCACAUUAAAGUUUUCAUUUGAUGAUGCAAAAUGUAAGAGUGAAGAAGGUGGAGUUCCAGGAACAAUGAGUGAGGAACAGAGAAUAAAGGAAUCAUUCUACAAGUCCAGUACACAAAAAGCAUAUGAAGCAAUUCCACUGGAUCAGAUAUAUCCACCAAAGCUUGACCCACCACUAACGACAUUUGAAAAGAAGGCUGACCCCGUUGCACAGAGGUACAUGCUGAAAAAAUACGAUGUGCCAUCAAUAAGUCAGUUCGUCGGGGGCCUCUGGGACAGAUUUCAAACAAGAUCCUUCACAUCACCAAAAAGACCGAUUAAUUAUGUGAGCCCAAGUUCUAGAACUCAAUAUAUUCCUCUUUACACUGGUUAUGUUGAGUCGUCAAACCCUGAUGACAGAGAUGAUCCUGAUGGUGACCUUACAUCUUUGGGCAAACCUCGGAACUCAAAGAUGCUUUAUACACAUACAGGCCGCAAUGCAAAUAUUCCAGGAUAUGCAGGCAAGGUUCAUUUCACAGCCACCCACCCAGCAAAUUCUGAUAUUCCACCAACAACCCCAUCCACAAGUUCAGCAGUACGGCGCACCCUAUGGGAAAGUAAGGAAGUGCCUAAUUAUCGUCACAUGGGACCUUUAUCAAAAAUGGUUACUCUGGUGCAGCCAUACAACUCUUUCAAUGGGAUGGUAGAAGGAGCUGUUAAGUCACAUAAGUAUCCUAUCCUGUAA